GAAGUUCAGAAAAAGUAGCAUCUUUAGGCCGUGUGAAGAUCAGGGCAAGAAAAUGAAUUCGAAAUAUACACUACUUUUAGAGAUCAUAGUGGGAAUUAUGCUUCUUGCUGGACAGUUUUUCUGCAUGGUUGAAGGCGAUGUGCAUUACUAUGACUUCGUUCUUAAGGAGAAGAACUUCACGAGGCUCUGCAGCACAAAAAGCAUGCUGGUUGUUAAUGGCAGUUUUCCAGGCCCAGUAAUCCGUGUUCACAAAGGGGAUACGGUCUUCGUUAACGUCCACAACCAAGGAUAUUUUGGUGUUACUAUUCACUGGCAUGGAGUUAAGCAGCCCAGAAAUCCAUGGUCAGAUGGUCCAGAAUUUAUAACACAAUGUCCGAUUCAACCCGGAACAAACUUCACAUAUGAAGUAAUAUUUUCUGAGGAGGAGGGAACCGUUUGGUGGCAUGCUCAUAGUGAUUGGACACGAGCAUCUGUUCAUGGUGCCAUAGUUGUCCUGCCGGCUAUUGGUUCCGCCUAUCCAUUUCCCAAGCCGGAUGGAGAAGAAGUUGUUGUGCUCGCGUCAUGGUAUAAAGGAAAUUUGAAGGAAUUGGUAGAUGAGUCCAUGCAAGACGGUAGUGACCCGCCACAUACUGAUGCUGAUACCAUAAACGGGGAGCCAGGAGAUUUUUGUGCUUGCUCCCGAGACACGACAUAUCGUUGGACGGUUGAUUAUGGCAAAACCUAUCUUCUUCGAGUAGUUAAUGCUCUCACGAAUGCAGAUCUCUUCUUCGCAGUUUCUCAACACAAUUUCACACUUGUUGGGAUGGAUGGACAUUACACCAAACCGAUUGCAACGAGUUAUAUCAUGAUAAGCCCAGGACAAACAAUGGAUAUUUUACUCACAGCAAACCAAUCUCUUGGCCACUAUUACAUGGCUUCUCGACAAUUCUCAAGCGAGGACAGCACCAUUACUGGAUUUGACCACGUUAAUGCAACUGCAAUUCUCCAAUACAGUGGCAAUUAUACUGCUCCAUCUUCUCCUUCUUUUCCCAGUACACUCCCUAUGUACUUGGACUUCUACGCCGCCUUGAAAUUCACCAAAAGUAUAAGGAGCUUAGCAAGCAGAGACCAUCCGGUAAACGUCCCCCUGAACAUAACCACAAGAAUGUUCAUUACAGCUUCGAUGAAUUCGGCAAUCUGCAAAACCUGUUCGGAAGGGAUGGAAGCAGAAAUCAUAGCUACAAGCUUGAAUAACAUAAGUUGGACCAACCCAAGAAUUGAUGUAUUACAAGCCUACUACAAGAACAUUAGUGGGGUGUAUACCACAGACUUCCCGGACUUCCCGCCUACAUUUUUCAACUUUACCGCCGAUGAAUUUCCAGAUAACAUGUCACUAACAGUUCUAGGGACCAAGGUGAAGGUGUUGGAUUAUAACGAAUCAGUAGAGAUAGUUUUUCAAGGGACUAACCUGUUAACAGGCUCGAUGAAUCAUCCGAUGCAUUUGCACGGCUAUAGCUUCUACGUGGUUGGAACAGGUGUUACUAAUUUCAACAAUGAAACUGACCCAAAAGAGUUUAACUUGGUAGAUCCUCCCGAGGUGACCACCUUUGCAGUUCCCAAGAGUGGAUGGGUUGCCCUCCGAUUCGUGGCAAAAAAUCCAGGUGUGUGGUUUUGGCAUUGUCACUAUGAUCGACAUAUGAGUUGGGGUAUGAACACAGUCUUUAUAGUUAAAAAUGGUGGCUCUACUGAGACAAGCAUCCUUCAACCCCCUGCCGGCAUGCCAUCUUGUGAUGUUCCAUUCAAAUCUUGGCUAAAAGAUAAGGGUAGUUUGGACGAUAAAGCCAAUCAAUCUGGCUAGCUAGCUUGAUCUGAUUUGCUUAAAAUUAUUAGCAUAUAUAUAUGCAGUAGCCUAGCUUCGUACGUUAGUUCUUAUCAUAUAUUAAUGCAUUGCAUCAGCUGAGCUGAUCUUGAUCGACUUUUCUCGAUCUUUUAUUGCAUAUUGGAAGCUAGCUAGGCAAUAAAGCUAGCUUACUUAUUAGCACUAAUGUCUGCAGCUCCAAGCCCUUAAAUUAAUAUAAAUUGUACUCCAUAAUGCUACGUACUUAUAAUGAAUUAGUUGGUUUUAUUAA